AUGCAGCAAGCAACCUGUCCCAUCCGGCUCCUCUCCCUUCUCCCACUAGCGAGGAUGCAGCAGGCCGCCGCCACCGUCGACGGCCACGCCACCGCAGGGGCGCCCCUCAAGAGGCAGCGGAUACCGAUCGCCUGCGCCCAGGACUACGAGGAGAUCUGCUGCCUCGGCGUCGUCUCCAAGGCGCGCCACCGUAGCACGGGCGAGACCGUGGCCAUCAAGCGCCACCGGUCGAGCCACGGCUGCAACGGGGAGCUCCUGCGGGAGGCGCGCUUCCUGGACGCCUGCAAUGGCCUCCCUUUCCUCGUCGGGUACCAGGGGCUCGCGCGCGACCGCGCCACCGCGGAGCUCUGCCUCCUCACGGAGUUCGUCGGCGGCCCGAGCCUCCGCAACUACCUGCGCGGCCGCCGCCGCGGCCAGGGACCCUCGCCGCCGCCGCUGAAGGAGGCCACGGUGCGCGCCGCGAUGUGGCAGCUGCUGACGGCGGCGCAGCGGAUGCACGAGCGCCGCGUGGUCCACCGGGACAUCAAGCCCGCCAACAUCCUCGUCGGGGAGGACCACCGGACCGUCAAGAUCUGCGACCUCGGCCUCGCCAUGCACGCGUCCGAGCCGCCGCCGCACGCGCAGGCCGGCACGCUGGCGUACAUGGCCCCCGAGGUGCUGCUGGGGAGGACCGACUACGACGCGCGCGUCGACACCUGGUCGCUGGGCUGCGUCAUGGCGGAGCUCCUCGGCGGGAGGCCGCUGUUCGAGGGCACCGACGAGGUGGAGCAGCUCUGGGCGAUCUACGAGGUGCUCGACACGACGGACGGCCACCAGCAGCACGACGGCCUGCGCGAGCUGUUCCCCGAGGAGACGCUGUCCGAGGAUGGGUUCGUGGUCCUGAGCGGCCUUCUCGCGUUCAACUCGUCGAACCGGCUCACGGCGGACGCCGCGCUCCGGCUGCCGUGGUUCGACAACGUCGGCGCACUGGCGCUGCCCAAGGAGGAAGAAGCGGUGAGCGCGCCGCCGUCGGUGUUGCGCUAGAAGAAGCCGCUGCCUAUCA